CAAGCUAGUUUCGGAGACAAAUAGAUUUAGCCAACAGGAGAAACUUUAAGAUCCAUAGGCGGAUAAUUUCUCCCCGCAGUCAUCGUUCAGGCACUCCUCUCCAGUCGGUUAUAUUGCAACGCGUGUUGCGUAGACCGACACAUGUUUGUCUUGCAUUUCCCCGCCUGAAGAACCUGACAAUCAAGGCUUAUCCGCGGACAUGUCCACGAAUUGUAGACAACCGCCCCGGAAAAGGCGUUGCGCUACUGUUCCCAUUGGCGACAUCCUCAGGAACUGGCUUGAUCAUGCGGUCAUCGCUAGGGGUUUCGGGGGUGUGCAUUAAUUAUGCAGGCUUCCGGGGAGUCGCAUGUCAAGCAUUUAAAGGGUACUUGCAGAACACCCCGAGGGAGCAACGAGCCAACUUCGAUCAGCAUCUAGUACAAUGCAUCUUAGCACCAGCUUGAGAUUGCUCUGCCUCGCAGCACCAGGCCUCGUUGCCUCGAUUUCUUCCUCUCCUCUAUCAACCUCGGGUCGAUGGAUCGUCGAUACUGAUGGGAACAAUGUCACCUAUGCAGGAGUCAACUGGCCCGGUGCUGAGGUGGCCAUGUUGCCUGAAGGGCUGCAGUACCAAUCCAUCGAGUACAUCGUCGGCAAGAUCAAGGAUCUAGGCAUGAAUGUCAUUCGCCUUACCUUUGCUAUCGAAAUGAUCGAUGACAUCUAUGAGACCGGAGCAGAUAUACCGAUCAAAACGUCACUGAUCAACGCUCUGGGUGAAACAAAUGGAACCAAAAUUUACGACGAUAUCGUCAGUAAUAACCCGCAGUUUGGGGAAAAUACUACUCGACUGGAGGUUUACGACGCAGUAGCCGAAGAAUGCUACAACCAAGGAAUCUAUGUGCAUUUGGACAACCACGUCUCCAAAGCCAGUUGGUGUUGCUCGACCACUGACGGAAAUGCCUGGUUCGGAGACACCUACUUCAACGUGAGCAACUGGCACAGGGGAUGGAAAUAUAUGGCCGAGCACGUCAAAUCCCUGCCAGCCGUAAAAAGCAUCGGCAUGCGCAACGAACUCCGCAGCCCUGAUGACAACACGACACUCGCAGACGACACCUACAACUGGGAAACAUGGUACAGCAACAUGGUAGAAAACGCGAACCAAGUUCAUUCCAUCAAUCCAGACCUGCUCCUCUUCUUCUCAGGUCUUAAUUACGAUGUCACACUCUCACCGAUACCGACCGCCUCGGACCUCGGCGAUGGCACCGUCUUCAAGAAAAGCGAUUUCGACUUUGAAGAUAAGAUCGUACUAGAGCUUCACAACUAUGACACAUCUGCUACAAGCUGCAGUAGUCUAUCGUCUAGCUUGUUGAGCGAUGGUUUCGAUGCCCUAGAGACGGACGACUCGAGUAUCGUAAAUGUGCUUCCGGUCGUGAUGACAGAGUUCGGGUACGAGCAAGAUGAUUCCACCUAUACGGAAGUAUAUGCCUCAUGCUUGAGGGAAUGGCUGCCUAGUGUUCAUGCCGGGUGGAUGAUUUGGGUGCUUUCAGGCAGUUAUUAUAUCCGCCAGGGAAUACAGGAUUAUGAUGAGAGUUGGGGUCUUCUAGAUCAUACGUGGUCUGGUUGGCGAUCAGCCGAGGCAAUUGAUAAUGGCAUCAUUCCUAUGGUCAACGCGAGUUUGGGAUACUAAUUGACCUCGUCGGUAUAUUGGUGUCCACGUAACGAAGGGCUUUGAACUGGGUCCUGCGAGAGUCCAGCAAUAGCGACCUACUCAUUUCCCAUUCACUCUACACCAUCGGCAUUUCUUAUGAAUGUAUGUAUGUAUGUAUGACAUCCCCCCAUACAAGCAGUCCAAAAUUCCCCAGACCUUUGAACACAUAACAAUUGUUUUCGCGCCCCACUGCCAAGAAUUUAGUGGGGGAGCUAUAGAGAGCCAAUUACGCGUGGGCCCAGCCGAGCCCUGCCAUGUCUAGACAGGGUAAGAUGGCAGAAUCUAUACAUAAGUAGUAAGGCC